UAUCCGAUGCUCGCGCGCUUUGGGCGGUGCAAAUUACACUUAUUUCUUCAUUAAAAAACACUAAAUCUUCUUCAAAAAUUACGAAAGUUACGCGAAGAUAAAAUUUUAAGUGUCAAAUUCCAAUACGAUUGAAGCUUUAAACAUAAUAAGAAUAGGCAUUUAUUGAACGAUACCAAUGAUUUUUUUUUGUUCCAAUUUUCUAUUUAACUGUGUACGUUAACUGUGUUAUGUGAUUGUGUAUAUGCGUGAUAUGUGUUACUAUAGAAAUAUAUGUUAAUAUCACGAUCUAUGAUACGUUAUACAAUCGAGCGCGUUGUGAUAAAUGCAUUCCGUGUUGAAGCGUCGUGUGUCUUCUGCUUCCGGUAGCACACGUGCGUUUAUUUUCAUUCAUAAAUAGCAGAAGCGACCAUGACGUCCCCUAAAGAUGGUGACGUCAGCGACGUCAUACAAGAAGAGAAACCGCGGAAGGAAACCAAAGAUAUGUCCGAACUGCCCCCGAGCGGGACGUCUUUGCACAAAAGACGCAGAGGAGAGGCCCCCGCUGCUUUAUCAGUGAGAUCUCCUCAGACACCUUCAGAUGCUGAAGGCUCCUCUCCCUGCACGGCCAGGACUCUGGACGACUGGAGUUUGCUCGAAGCAGAAACCCCAGACCCCGACACAAUCUGCGAGAAUAUGCUACAGCGGCUGAAAGAUGCAGAUGACCCUUUAUCCAAAAGAGGAAAAGAAGUAGCGCAGCAUACGAAAGAAACUAUGGAAGUACUGAGUCAGCUGGAGAACUUAUUGGACCUGCUGGGCGAAUAUAUUAUGUCCAAGGAGUACAAUAAUCAUCUGCUAAAGAAACUGCGUGACGUAAAUCAACUAAAAAGACUUUAUAAUGCCCACCAAAAAAUCAACCAGGAAAAUGAGAUCCUAAAGUGUGAAAGCAAAGAGAUGCAGCUGAUACAAGAGGCAUUCGACGCAGAACUGGAGUCUGAGCAUGGACAGAUGAUCUUUGACUCUAUGAUCCAAGGAGGGCGCGUGAAAAGGUUAGGAUCAAAAUGGAAAGGUCACGCCAGAUUUGGGGGGUCGCUGUUGAGGAAACAGAGGUCCAGGUCUGCCGGCGGGGAAGACAGCGAUGCGUGUCCUGGUACACCAUUACGACGGAGAUCAGAGGGUAUCUUCUGUAAAGAAGUAGAGAAGUCCAAAGUUUCAAAAUGGACGAAAGUUAAAGCUGCCUUUCGCUGGGAAAAAGCACAAUGGUCAGGAUCGGCAAUAGGCGGUGCGGCAGGUGCAGUGGCAGCCGGCGCGCUGGUCAGUGCUGUAGCGCUGGCUGGUUCCAGUCCAUCAACAGCCACCCUUCCUAACCCAGAACCAAGAGACUCAGCCAGUCUCACACCAGGCAGCGCCUUGUCGUUGACUCCGAACUCUUCUUGUGAAGAAUUGAGGAUUGAUGCAGGUUCCUAUCGCAAAAGUCUUCGUGGAGACGAGCACGAUGGAGCAUAUCUACAUGCACCAACUCAGGACGACAGUUCAACAUCACCAUCACCGAACAAGCUCCACAAGAGCCCUUGGGGUAAAAUGAGGAACAUUAUCCAAACACAUCGGGACUCAGUAAAGAAGAAGUCGAUUCGAGGAUCGAAGCUCUCUCCUGAAGUGAUGCCGAUGAGAAGGAGAUCGUUUAGCGAUGGCGGAGACAGCGAUGCACCACCAGCCCUGACUGUCACCAUACCAUCUUCUGAAGAAUUGGAAUCCGAGCCUACUCACCCGGUACUUCGCAAGCAACGUUCCCUAGAACUAGGGGCAAAGCCUCCGCAGCAUCGUCCUGCGCGUCCUUCUAAAUGGACGAAAGUGAAGAGGGCCUUCCUGACUUCUGCGUCUGCUUCUGUUCCUUCGAGUCCUAGCAGGCAGAGCGCAUUCUUCACGGAUGCCGAGACGGAGGGUCUAAGCAGCGGUUGUGAGGCGGGCGGCGUCAAAGAAGAAAUUGCCCGUGAUUAUGCAGCUCUGCAGUCUAGACUGUGCAGGGAAUUUUCGGACAGACGCGAUAAGUUGCACGCCGCAUCUCGUCCUGUAGCAACUGAGGAGCAGCUAUCAGCCGAUUUCCGAAAGAAACUGGUUGAAUGGCAGCUGAAGACAGGAGCAGUAAAGCAACCCCUACCAGUGCCGGCGAGGCAAGAUUUGAGCGAAGACUUUUUGAAGAGAUACGAUGCAUGGGAACGCAUGAAAGAAACCAACACAGUUCCAACUUGGGAAAAAGUGGCGAAACCUGAUGAAGUCCUCGUACAAACAUCGACGGGACUGUUUAAGUUUCAAGGUAUAUCCCGGUCAUUCACCCGCAAGCUCCACGAGUGGGAGAAGUCUCGAGGGAUAGCCCCUGAAGCCUCCACGUCCGCGCUCCUGAAGGCCGCCAAGGAAAGGAGCAAGGUACCCCAGGCGCCCCUCACGCGCACCCAGUCUGACGGCAGCGUGGCCCCCGCGCCCAUGGGCCUCGCACGCCGCCAGGGCUCCAGCCUCAGCGUCAACGAUGCUGAUAACUUUGAUUCGGAGUACGAGAGAGACCAUUCACUUGAUGGGGGCGAAGACUGCGAGAGUCCAAACUCUCGAGGCGCCGUUAUAUUCGAAGUGGAGGAUGAAGAAGUAUGUACAGCAGCGCCGCUUGUAGCGGUGUCUCCUUGUCACACUCCUCAAAAGCCAGUUUACACCUACGGCCAGGCCGAGGCCAGGUUACUCUGCGAGACCAGUUCAGCGGUCACCGGAACAGCGGUGUUGCAGCCUAACGGAGCUGUUGUCCUUUCAACGAGAGGCGGGAAAUCAAAAGAAACUGGAACUACUCCUAAAAGCACACGAGAACAGAGUAAAAAUUCAGAGAGAAAGAAAACAUUCGUAAGACAACCGAGCAUAGAGGAGGACGCAAAGUUCAUAAUGAAAACAAUCGAAGAGGUUAAAAUGGGAUCGAGUCGAUUCAAAGAAACUACGAUAAUUGAGGAUGCCUAUAAAGAUGAAACCGAUAGCAAAGAAUCUCCUCCAUCAACCAGUAAAAACAUAGAAAAAGUAACUAAAACGAAAUCGAAAGGAUCUAGAGAGAGCAUAACAGAACUUGCAGAGCGCAAGGAAGCCGACAAAACGAACGGAAAGAAGAAGAAUAAGUGUAGAGUGAGGUUGGAAAGGCAACAGUCGAAACCUUCGGAGAGCGACACUGAACCAGAGGUGGAUACGGUCACGGUGGAAAUACCGCGGAGACGAAAACGGCCCAGACGCACCUCGGAGAAACCAAGGACGCCGCCCGCUUCGCUCCACUCCGAUUCAGAAGGCGAUGUUUUCGUGCUUAAAUUCAAAGCACCAGAGCCGAGAGAAGGUACACCGGAAGUAAUAGUGAAGACCACACGAAAAAUAUUUUCGCCGGUCGUUAGAAGCGGCGAGUCCGUCCCCAGGGCGGUGAUACCCGUCAACGUUGAGGAUUUGGACAAUGUGAGAACGGUCGAACACCGACAUUACCCAGAAACAAAGAAGCAAUUUACUGAGAAAAUAGGAAAGAAAGAAAAGACACGUUCCAAGAGUUCUGGUGAUCUUCUGGAUAACGAGGAACAGAAAAAAAGGAGUCGACCGCCUCUUCCGCUGUCCCCGUCGUCACAGAGGAAACCUCAGCUAAAAGAAACUGCUCCGUCAAUCCGCAUCAUGAUACAAAGAUACAAUAAGAAAAUUAACGAAGAAGGUCCACCUUCAGGAAACAGCAGUGGGGCUUCGUCUCCAGCAUGGAGGUCUCCUUCUGCCGAAAGAAAAAGACCUCCGGACAUGCCGGUCGGAGUUAACAUCAGAAACAACCCCUUCUUAGAAAGAGAAGUGCAGAAAUCCGCAAGCGCCUGUCAGCUGUCGCGGCGAGACCAGACAUCUGCCGAGAGCCGACUGGCCCCCACGCCGUCCGCCGUCGAUGGAGUACUGAAGUCCUACAGUGCUAACGCCUUACACCCCGAGCAGACCGGGGACGACACCAAACCGCCGAAGAAAAUGGAAGACAGUCAGGAAACAAUCAAGGGGGCGGCAAGCACCGACACCAUUGUACCGGACCGCACUAGGAACUUACCCUCUUCGAAAUAUUCUGAUGUGCAAUCUCUGCCGGCUCUAAGGCAAAUGUCAGAUACCAAUCCUCCUAACAUAACCAAGCUCGCUUCAUCCCCGAGCUUCGGACGGUCUAUAUCGACCGUUGACCCUCCGUCGCAGUACGACCACGACAACACUACGGUCCUGUCCGAGAGAGCGGCCAGGAUCAAGGCUGCCAGAGAACGAUUCUUAUCGUCCACUUUGCCGAUGAGGCGCGAGGGGACCAGUUCUGCCAAUGAUUUGAGACCUGGCGAUAGGUCAAGCAGAAUGAGCUGCGAGAGUAAUGUAGCAGAAUCUCAAGGUUCCGGCUCCCAGGAGUCUUCGGGACUCGGCAGGAGUGCCUCCACGGGGAUGGUGAACGUUGACCGAGAGGCAUGGCACAGAGUGGCCGGAGGUGGACCCCGCGAGAGCCGAUGCCGGUCGAAGUUCAGCCUGGCGCGGCUGACCGCUAAGCUGCGACGUAAAGACGAAAGCGCCAUAUCGCGACUUUGUCGACAGAGCUUACUCGUGCAACUCAUAAAUAAACAAUAAUCUUAAUG